UUGGCUUCUUCAUUUAAUUUUUUAGGUCAGGCUGAGGCUUAAACAAAAUUUAUCGUGAUUAGGCUUAAGCCUUUUAAAAACCUGUUAUGGCCUAUUUCUUGAAGGUGUACAAUCACAAAAAAAAAAUCGUCUCCUUUUCUCUCUGCAUUUGAGCAAAGCCAAACCACGUCUGAGUGAGUGAGUUCCGUUGGAUGGCGACGAGCACCACCAGCAGCGGUGGCGGCGGCACCGGCACCCAAACAUUCAAGCCGUACCGUCACCUGAAAACCCUAAAAGACCACGAGAACGCGGUAUCGUGCGUGAAGUUCUCGAACGACGGAACCCUCCUAGCCUCGGCCUCCCUGGACAAAACCCUAAUCAUAUGGUCCUCCGCCACCCUCACCCUCUGCCACCGCCUCGUGGGCCACUCCGAGGGCAUCUCCGACCUGGCCUGGUCCUCCGACUCCCACUACAUCUGCUCCGCCUCCGACGACCACACCCUCCGCAUCUGGGACGCCACCGGCGGCGACUGCGUCAAGAUCCUCCGCGGCCACGACGACGUCGUUUUCUGCGUAAACUUCAACCCCCAGUCCAGCUACAUUGUCUCGGGUUCCUUCGACGAGACCAUUAAGGUUUGGGAUGUGAAGACCGGGAAAUGCGUCCACACUAUAAAGGGCCACACCAUGCCCGUCACCUCCGUCCACUACAACCGCGACGGAACCCUCAUCAUCUCCGCCAGCCACGAUGGCUCCUGCAAGAUUUGGGACACCAGAACCGGCAAUCUCCUGAAGACCCUCAUCGAAGAUAAGGCCCCCGCUGUCUCCUUCGCCAAAUUCUCCCCCAACGGCAAGUUCAUUCUCGCCGCCACUCUUAACGACACCCUUAAGCUAUGGAACUACGGGAGUGGGAAAUUUUUGAAAAUUUAUUCUGGGCACGUGAAUAGAGUAUACUGCAUAACUUCCACAUUUUCUGUGACUAAUGGGAGAUAUAUUGUUAGCGGUUCUGAAGAUCGCUGUGUUUAUAUAUGGGAUCUUCAGGCGAAAAAUAUGAUUCAGAAACUUGAAGGCCAUACAGAUACUGUAAUAUCGGUUACUUGUCACCCAACCGAGAACAAAAUUGCCUCUGCUGGUCUCGCUGGUGAUAGAACUGUGAGGGUUUGGGUGCAGGAUUCCUGAAUAAUAUUGAAACUGUACGGGGGUGUUGUCUUACUUCAAAAUUUCAACUGCACGCCUAUGCGUCUGAUCUCAAUAUUAGACACUACUACACAUACAAGUUGAUCUCAUGUUGGCACUAUUUCCGUCUUUUGUAUCAUUUGCAAAGUAUAAUAUGGAUAAAUAGUCAUAUUCGUUCAUGAAUAUAUAAUGUGUUGUCAAAUUUA